GAAUUAUACGCAUGCGUAGAAAGAUGCCGGCAUCUGUAUUGUGCCGGCUUGUAUGUUGAUGAUGAUGAUGGUGAAUUGAAGAACUACGUUUCAGAUGAUGAGUGUGGUGGUUUGGUUGUUUCGCGCUAUUCACACAAACACUCAUCGCGUAUCUAUUCGAUUUCGAUUUUCCUUUAUUCAUCAUCAUCCUAUCUUGCUUGGAUUGACUUUAUUGCAACGUUUUUUUUUAAAUAAAAAAUCAUCUUUAUUAUUGCAUAGUUGCAUAAUAUUUCAUCAUUUUUAAUUUUGGAACUUUUUUGGGUUUUCUUCGUUUCAAAACAACAUAUUUCCAGGUGUCUUUGUAUAUAUCUCUAAUAGAAUCAAUUAAUUGUAAUCACAUACGUUGAUUAAAUGGUAUGACAUUAUCAUCGCCAUCGUCAUCAUCAAUGAUUCCAAAUCAUCAUCAGACAUUUCGAAAAAUGCCUGUCAAAAUUAACUAUAAUUCCAACAAUCGGUAUUCACCGUUACCAGCAUCAUCAUCAUCAUCAUUCGAUAUGUUUUUUAAUGAAGAUUUUAGUGUCGAUCCAACCGAUAUCGAUGUUACAGAUAUAACGAAUUCAUUUUGUUUUGAAGAAAUAUGGAGUAAUUUUAUACCUACACCACCACAAUCACCACCAUUCAUAUUGGAUUGUUGUGAAGAUUUACUUAAUGAUGAAAAGAUGCAUCUAGAUGAAGAAAUUGGUAAAAAUGUGAUUGCACAUGAUUGUAUGUGGUCAGGACAAUGUAGUGAACAUAAAUGUAAAUCAUCCACAUAUAGCCUGAAUGGCAUUACCAAUAUGAAUAGCAACAACAACAGUAAAUCAAUGGCAACAUUUUUUAGGCCUGGAACACCAUUCAAUCUAUCGACAUCGCCACAAAGCGCAUUCAAUUAUAUUCAUUCUUGUGAUUUGAAUAUGAAUGAAAAUUAUACAGUCGAUGAUGAUAAUAAUCAACAACAACAUGAUCAACAACAACAACAACAAUCAUCAAAUACCGUAACAAGUGGUAAUGUUUAUGCAAUGACCAAUGAUCAUUCAUAUGGUUCAUCACAACAACAACAACAGCAGCAGAAAAUUACGAUUAUGUCUGAUUUGAAUGAAAAAAGUCUCAUACAUAAAGAUACGAAAAGCAUAUACAGGAAACCAAUGGAAAAUAAAUCGAUUGGUCAGCCGAGAAUGUCUAAAAUGCGAUGUAAAAAAUUGUCGAAUAGCAAUCGCAAACAUCAACAACAACAGCAACAAACAUCAUCUAGUAGUUCUUUGUUGAAUAAUAAUGCCGUGUCAUCAUCAAAUAACAGCGUCAUCAAAACAACAUUAGUAUCGUCAUCAUCAUCUAGUAAUAUAAAAAAUUUUCAACCGCUUAAAAGAAAAAAUCCCAACACUAUUGUUCAACAUCCAACAUCAAUUUCGACAUCAUCGAAUUUAUCACGUGUAAUUCAUGUAAAAAAUUUGGCCACCACAUCAUCAGCAGCCGUAAACCUUAUUUCGAAUUUACAAUUAAAUAGUCCCGCAUGUUCUGAUUCGGAAGAAAGUAGUCUAUCAUUUUUAUCAGGUGAUGGUUGUGAACAAAAAUUGAAUGGUGGUGGAUCAUCACCACCGGUAAAACGACGUGAACAUAAUGAUUCGGAACGUAAACGUCGUGAUCAUUUGAGAAAUUCAUUCAAUAAUUUACGAGAUCAGAUACCAAAAUUGAAAACAUCACAGAAAAGGCCACCAAGAAUUAUGAUAUUACAUGAAGCAACAAAUUAUGUACAGGAUUUGAUCCAUGAAAAUGAACAAUUAGAACAUGAACAUCGUAUUGAGAUUGAAAAACGGAAUCGUUUAAUGGAAAUAUUGAGAAGGUGUAAUGAAUCUUCAACAUAAAUAACAUCACAAUUAACCAAUUUGAUGAUACAUUAGACCGUACCACUGAAUCCACAUUAUACACAUCUAUUCGUUAUUUGUCGUGUACUUGAGCAAUCUUGUUCUUUAAAAAAAAGAUAAUAAUAAUUUUUCAUCUCA